AUGCGAAGUUCUCGACCCAGUAAAAUCCUAAUUAGUUCUCGAUUGAAAACCCUUCUUUUCGUCCCAUCUAUUGUAUUUCUGAUUCUUUAUCUGUCAUCUUCCUCGUUUCCUGGUCAUUCAAACACUAGAAUCUCAUUACACGAUGAUCAAGAAUCGACCUACGUACCCACUUCCCUUGAUCAUAUCGUUUUUGGGAUUGCAUCCACCGUUAAUGCAUGGCCAAAAAGGAAAGAAUAUGUUAACAUGUGGUGGAACCCCGAUACAAUGCGUGGUUGUGUAUUCAUGGAUGCUCCAUUGGAUCAUGACACCUUACUUGAUUAUGAUUUUGUCUUCCCUCCAAUUUGCAUCUCCAAUGAUACCUCAGAGUUUCAUUAUACAUGGAAUGGUGGUCUUCGGUCUGCUAUCCGUGUUGCUCGUGUUGUAUCGGAAAUUGUCGCCUUAAAUCAUUCAAAUGUUAGGUGGUUUGUGUUUGGGGACGAUGAUACUUUGUUCUUUCCAGAGAACUUGGUGAAGACAUUGUCGAAAUACGAUCAUAACCUAUGGUAUUAUAUCGGAUCAAAUUCAGAGAGUUAUGUGCAAAACCGACAUUUUUCAUUUUCUAUGGCGUAUGGUGGGGCCGGAUUCGCGAUAAGUUAUCCAUUGGCAAAGGUUUUAGCGAAGGUUCUUGACUCGUGUUUGGAAAGAUACGCGCAUUUAUAUGGUAGUGAUGGUCGGAUUUCAUCUUGUUUAGCUGAGCUGGGUGUUGCAGUGACCAUCGAACCCGGUUUUCAUCAGAUGGAUGUCACUGGAAACGCGUUUGGCUUAUUAAUGACACAUCCAAUGAAACCGUUGGUAUCUCUCCACCACCCCGAACGUAUAGAUCCAAUUUUCCCACAUAUGGCACAAACAAACGCCUUACAUCACUUAUACGAAGCUGCAAAAGUAGAUCCUCACCGAAUCCUGCAACAAACAGUAUGCUAUGAUCGUUGGUAUUCAUGGACAAUUUCGAUUUCAUGGGGAUAUGCCAUUGAGGUGUUUGGGGUUCAUGUUCUUCUACCAGAUGUCCUUCGUGUUCCUGUGACAUUUCAACCAUGGCAAGGGACUCAUACUUUUAAAACAUUUUUUAACUUUGACAUGAGACAACAUCAUCUCGACCCUUGUAGAAGAGCGGUUGUGUUUCAUUUGGAUCGAGUGUACUCACAGGGAGAGGGGAUUACGAGUGUUUAUAGAAUCAUGGAAAGACACAAUUGCACAUUUGGUAUGACUUCUCCAAGGAGAAUCCAAGAGAUCAAGGUGUAUUCACAAAAAUUAAAUCUCGACUUGAAACAAGUAACGCCUAGACGACAAUGUUGUGAUAUAUUGCCUUCAUCUUCAGAAAAAUUAAUGGAAAUCAACAUUAGGGCAUGUCAUGAAGAGGAACUGCCUGUUCCUCCAGUUGCAAUCGUGGCAGAAGAGCAUGUGCAAAUGACAGAUGAAGAUGCAGAAAAUGACGAUGAAAGUGAUUUUAAGAGAGGCUUGAUGGAUAAUGUUGUAGAGGAUGAUAAUGAUGGUGAUGAUGAAGAUGAUGAUGUAGAGGAUAUGGAUAUUGGUGAUGACCUAACUGUUUAUGACAAUGAUGAGCUACUCUUUGGUUUUGAGCAGGGUCAAGAUGUAAGGUUAAGCACUGAAGACCUUGACGCUUUCUUUGAAAACGUCAAUGAUGUUGCAGAAACUGCAACAGAGACUGAGGGAUCUGGUGAUAUUCUCAAGACAACGCCUCCUACUUCAACUCAGAUGGCCGACCCUUCAACCUAUAUGGAUACAACUUCAAGGAUUCCUUCCCUGCCAAUUGCUAUUCCAACUUUCUUGUCAUCUGGUAGUGAUCUCAAUCUAACACAAACCUCCCAGCCUCCAAUUAAACGGAGAAAAGCUGAUCUCGGGUCGGGAGUGCAAGCAAAGGAACAAGCACGACUUGUUUAA